UUUUUCCCACGAGUAUAGAUAACAGAGAAAAAGUUUAUUUUCUAUUUUACGAAAGUAUAAUUGUGACUUUGUCAUCGAUGCGGUUAAUCAUAAUCGAAUUUCGUCGCAGAAAUGGCAGGGCCGGAAGCCCCGACGGACUUUAGACUCGAGUACGUCGGAGGUGUAGUUCAAAAAGCCCUCAAACUCAAGCCAGAAAAAUGGGGGAGAUUACUACUGACGGAGGAGCACAGAACAGCAGUUUUCGAUUUCCUCGACAAUCCUUUACCCGCCGCCCUUUUCAUUGUUCUGACACCAAAUGCCCAACUCAUCGCCUCUACGAGCUUUCCGAUUCCUUGUCAGCGGACAAAAGGUACGUACGCUGUGAAAGUAAAACUGGAGCCCGUACCAAAAGAACGAGACAAAUGCUCGGAGAUGCUGAUAAUGGGCGAUUUGUCAAAUCGCGUUGUCGACGAGCUCGCUACCCUCGUCGAUAAUAUUUUCGCUCCGUUGCUAAGUAAACCGGAAAAUCAUAAAGAUCUACCGGAAAUUGCGAUUCAGGAUAUUUGUAAACACGUUCAUGCGAUCAGAGGUACAUUGUAUCAGGUAAAAGGUCAAGUAAAUGGUAAAACCGUUCUACCCAUGCCCGCCGGUUUAGAAAAAGUCGUUCACGUCGAGAGACUGAUUGCUCGCGAUGGCCCUCAAGCUGUCGAUUUAUAUUUGAAAAGUGCUAUCGAGGGCGUUGUAAUAAAAUGGGCCUAUUUGGUUAACGACGUCGUGACUCACGAGUCUAGCGCAGCCUUCGAAAAUGGACAGAAUCCAACGCCCAAUGUGGAGCUCGAAUACUGGUCCAAACGGCUGGUCAACCUCAGAUACAUUUUCGAUCAGCUGCGAGAAGAUCGCGUUAGAAAAAUGGCGGUAAUCCUCGAGUCAACCGACAGCGCUUACUAUCCAUGCUUUCGCACGCUAUUCGGCAAUGUCGUAUCGUCCCUAGCCGAAGCGAAAGAGAUAUCACUGUACUUGACACCGUUGAGACGAUGCUUCAAGGCCAUUGAGGAAAUUGACUUUUCCGAAGCUAAGCCCAUAAUGGCGACCCUCAUCCACACGGUCGGUCUCGCUUGGGCCAAAUCACGCUACUAUCAGAGCUCGAGCAAGCUCAUCAUUAUGCUCAGGCAGAUUUCCAACCUGUUGAUACAAGAGGCUAGAAGAUUUCUUGAUCCUUCCUCUAUUUUUCAAAGUGACGUUGAUGAGGCUUUGCAACGGGUUCAGAUAUCCAGAGGGGUCCUCGAAGAAUUUAAGCAACAGUUCGAGAGAGCUCGAAAUCAGCCGGGAAUGAGACCAGACGUGCCACCUUGGAAUUUUAAUCCUUCAGCGGUGUUUCACCGUCUGGACGCUUUCCUCAAGCGUUUGGGGGACAUUGAAUGGCUCUUCGACACUGUUCUCGAAUUUUCGAAACUCGAGAAAAUCGAAAUCGGCGGUAUACUUGGUCGUUCGUUGAGUGCGCGUAUAGUCGCUGUGUUCAAAGAGUUUCAACAACUUUUCGCGUCUUUUUCGGCUCGUGCGAACGACGUUCUCGAGCCUGACGACGAGUCUUUCGCCGUUGACUGCGCCAACUUCAGCGAAUCCAUCACCGAAUUGGACAGCAAACUGGCGGCGAUUCUCUGUCAGGCGUUCGACGACUGUGGCAAUUUGGAGAGUGCUUUCAAGCUCAUUAACAUCGGAGGUUCCGUCCUCGAGAGGCCUGUGAUACGUAAACAAUUUACUGAUCGUGAUAUUCGGAUCGUUGAAUUGUUAAACAAUGAAUUGAUAAUGGUGGAACUUUUGUUCACCCGUGGGAUCCGCGGUGCGAUGAGCGAUCUUCCACCUUUGGCAGCAGCUUUAAAAUUUACGAGUAUGUUGAGGCAACGAAUCGAUUUACCAAUCCAGUCAUUCAGGACUCUUCAGCCUCUGAUCGUGGAAAGCAAAGAAGGCCAAAGUAUAAUGGCUCGAUACGACCGAUUUUUAAACAUGCUCAAAGAAAAGGAAACGCUUCUUUUUUCCGAGUGGGCCCAACUCGUUCCAGCAUCCGUUACCAGCGGCUUGGACAGAACCCUCCUCGCUAGAGAUCGAGGAUCCAUUUUGUUACAGUUGAAUUUUGAUCCCGAAUUGUUGGCUGUACUGAAAGAAGUGAAUUACUUGAAGCAAAUGUCACACGACGAUAUUCCAGAGGAUGCUUCAGAGGUGUCGGAAAAAGCAGAAACAUUUCGAAAGUUUCGUACAUUGUUGGGCGGUACGGUAACAUCUUACAAUGACAUUCGUCGAACAUCACGAAAAGUGGAGUACAAAUUGAUAGAAUUAGAGGUUGCGAGGAUCGAUUCAUUGGUGACACGUGGCGAGAACGAAUUGUCGUGGAGGUCAGAAGGUUUGCCGGAUUACAUAAGUGAGUUGGGUACGCUUGUGGAGGGUCUUUGGAAAAGGGUCAAAUCGACUCAAUCGAACGUUGAGAAGAUCCGGAGUAUAUUAGAGCCUUGGACAAAAACGCCUCUCAUUGAGCGUCGUGAUCGACGGAAAGACGCUCUUCUGUCGUUGGACGAACGUACGGAGAGAGUGGCCAAACGAUACGCCGAAAUUCAAAGAGCUGCCGAACAGAUUCACGAUCUGUUGAAAGAGAAUGAGAGACUGUUCGAGAUCGAGGACCCGACGAGCGAGCCCUGGUGCGAAUACGUCUUUUACGUCGACGAUCUCGUUAUGGAGUCACUCCGAAAAGCUGUUGGAUGUUGUCUCAGUUAUCUCGCUGAAAAUGUGGACCCAAUGGGUCAAAAAGAACCGCUUCUAGAGGCCAAACUGGAGCUCAGAGAGCCGGAUCUUUUUUUCGAACCUUCCCUCGAUCCUGAUGAUCCUGAUGGUCUUGAUCAAUUGAUCCUCGGGCUUCUCAAUGAUAUCAUUGGAAUGGCGUCGCUUGUUCCAAGAGUGAAAAACGACGGUUUACUCAGUUACGCUUUAGAACUGGAGCAGGACGACGACAUUAAGGCUAUGAAGAGUGAAAUAUUGGCGAGUGUAACUAAAGCCGUUGAGGAAGCGACGGACUUUUGUGGAAUCUUUGAAGGAUACGCAUAUCUCUGGCUCGAGGAUCGCAACAUCGUGAUGCAACAGUUCCUCGAAUACAGCCGGCAAUUGACGAUGGAAGAGAUGGAAAUGGUAGCCGCUAUGGAUCCCAAAGGACCGCAAAGAUCGCCACCGAGAAUGGAGCAAUUUCGCGAACAAAUUGACCUCUACGAGGGUCUCUAUCUUGAGAUAGAGGAAAUGAAGCCAUCCAAGGUUUUUUGCGGAUGGUUCAGAGUGGAUCUACGACCAUUUCGACAAUCUCUUCUCAACACUGUCUGCAAGUGGUCGAGCAUGUUCAAGAAGCAUCUCGUUGAACGGGUCACGUCCAGCUUAUCUGAUCUCGGAGCUUUUAUAAGGUUGGCGGACGAAGGUUUGUUACAGCAGAUACAGCCAGGUGAUUACGCGGGCCUCGUCAGUGUCAUGGGAUAUCUGAUGCGAGUGAAGGAGAGACAACCAACGACCGACGAGAUGUUCCAACCUUUGCAGGAGACGAUCGAGCUCCUUAAGUUUUAUGAUCAGGACAUACCGGAGGAGGUGAACGUUUUUCUGCAGGAGCUGCCGGAGCAGUGGGCGAAUACGAAGAAAUUAGCGCUUAUGGUGAAACAGCAGGUUGCACCAUUGCAGGCAGGUGAGGUCUCACGGAUUCGUGGCAGGAUUUCAGCUUUCGAUACAACGAUAGGUCACUACAGAGAGGCAUUUCGUCGCUAUGGAUUUUUCAAGUACGACUGUAUCAAUCCUUACGGUCAGUUGGAUGAGGCAGAUAAGGAGAUAUGUAUGCUGGAGCGUCAGAUGAGGGACAUUCAACAAUCAGCUUCGUUGUUCGAGGUCACUGUACCGGAGUUCAAGCAGCUCCGGCAGUGCAGGAGGGAGUUAAGGAUGCUGAAACAACUCUGGGAUUACGUGAACAUCGUCAGAAGCAGUAUCGAAGGCUGGAAAACUACACCGUGGCGAAAAAUCGAUGUCGAGAACAUGGACAUUGAGUGCAAGAAAUUUGCUAAAGAGAUAAGAGCUCUCGACAAGGAAAUGCGCCCCUGGGACACCUACGUGUCCCUCGAAGCUACCGUCAAAAACAUGUUGACCUCUUUGAGAGCUGUUGGUGAACUCCAAAAUCCGGCGAUUCGAGAAAGACACUGGCGCCAACUGAUGAACAGUACCAAGAAAUUGGGCAACAUGACUCCAGAGAUGACCGUCCGUUUCGUCAUGGAUGAAUCAACGACCCUUGCUGACUUACUCGAGCUGAGUCUACACGAGUGCGAAGAAGAAGUGAAAAAUAUUGUUGACAAAGCUGUUAAAGAGAUGUCUAUGGAAAAAUAUCUUCGCGAGCUCAAUGUUACGUGGGCAGGCAUGGAAUUUGAGAGAGAAGUUCAUCCGAGAACGGGUGCUACUUUACUGAGGGCUAGUGAAGAGUUGAUCGAGACUUUGGAGGAAAAUCAGGUUCAACUGCAGAAUCUUAUCACCUCGAAGUUCAUCGCCCAUUUUCUCGAAGAAGUGUCCACUUGGCAGAAAAAGUUAUGCAUAGCUGAUCAAGUAACGACUGUGUGGUUCGAGGUCCAACGCACCUGGAUGCAUCUCGAAAGUAUAUUCAUGUCAUCCGAAGACAUACGUCGUCAAUUACCAGUCGACGCAGAUCGAUUUGAUCGUAUAGAUGAAGAGUUCAAAAAAAUGACCGAAGACAUGGCUAAAACACCGAAUGUCGUAGAAGCUACGAACAAGGAAGGUCUCGCUGCUGCACUCGAUGUAUUGCAAAAAGAAUUAGUUUUAUGUGAGAAAGCAUUAGCAGAAUAUUUGGAAACUAAGCGAUUGGCAUUUCCGAGAUUUUAUUUCGUCUCGUCGAGUGAUCUGUUGGAUGUUUUAUCGAAUGGUAAUCAACCGGAAGUCGUUGCAAAGCACUUGACAAAAUUGUUUGACUCGAUGGCAAGACUGAAUUUCGUUCCUGUUGAAGGUGCACCUGUCAGAGAUGUCAUAGGAAUGUACUCCAAGGAUGGAGAAUACGUGGAGUUCGCAAAUUGUGAAAUGUUUUGUGAAGGCGCAGUCGAGGUCUGGCUAAAUCGUCUGCAGUUUGCAAUGCGCGCCUCGAUUAGGUAUUAUUUCAGCGAAGCUGUGGUCGGCUACGAAGAAAAGCCUCGAGAGCAAUGGCUCUUCGAUUAUCCAGCUCAGGUGUCUCUCUGUGGUACGCAGAUAUGGUGGACGACCGAAGUCAAUCUCGCAUUUUCGAGGCUCGAAGAAGGCUACGACAAUGCACUCAAGGAUUAUCUUAAAAAGCAAAUAUCGCAACUGAGCACUCUGAUCACUUUACUCAUUGGCGAACUGAGUAAGCAAGACAGACAAAAGGUCAUGACGAUUUGUACUAUUGACGUGCACUCGAGAGACGUUGUGGCGAAACUCGUACAUGCCAAGGUCGAAACUGCCCAGGCUUUCCAAUGGCAGAGUCAGCUUCGCCACCGGUGGGAUGAGAAGGAAAAGGAUUGCUUUGCCAAUAUUUGCGACGCGCAGUUUAAAUAUUCUCAUGAGUACCUCGGGAAUACCCCCAGGCUAGUCAUCACUCCUUUGACGGACAGGUGUUACAUAACGCUCACCCAAUCAUUGCACUUGGUGAUGGGAGGUGGUCCAGCAGGUCCGGCAGGUACAGGGAAGACCGAAACGACGAAGGAUCUUGGCAGAGCGUUGGGCAUCAUGGUUUACGUGUUCAAUUGUUCCGAACAAAUGGACUACAAAUCAUGUGGCAACAUAUACAAAGGCUUAGCUCAAACAGGUGCUUGGGGUUGUUUCGACGAGUUCAACAGAAUAUCGGUGGAAGUGUUGUCCGUCGUAGCCGUGCAAGUUAAAUCUGUUCAGGAUGCAAUACGGGACAGGAAAGACACGUUCAAUUUUAUGGGCGAAAUUAUUGCGCUGGUUCCCAGUGUUGGCAUAUUCAUAACAAUGAAUCCUGGCUAUGCUGGUCGUACAGAAUUGCCUGAAAACCUAAAAGCUCUUUUCCGACCGUGCGCUAUGGUCGUCCCUGAUUUCGAACUGAUCUGUGAAAUCAUGUUGGUCGCCGAGGGCUUUCAAGACGCUAGAAUAUUAGCCAGAAAGUUCAUAACGUUGUAUACACUCUGCAAAGAAUUGUUGUCCAAACAAGAUCACUAUGAUUGGGGCUUACGAGCAAUAAAGUCAGUUUUGGUAGUCGCUGGUAGCCUGAAACGCGGUGAUCCGGGUCGACCGGAAGAAGAAGUCCUGAUGCGAGCACUUAGAGAUUUUAACAUCCCCAAAGUGGUUUCGGACGAUUUGCCAGUUUUUAUGGGAUUGAUCGCGGAUCUUUUUCCGGCUCUUGACGUACCGCGAAAACGCGAUGUCGAGUUUGAAAAAACUGUUAAACAAGCCGCCGCUGAUUUGGCGUUACAACCGGAAGAUGGUUUCAUACUGAAAGUUGUACAACUUGAAGAAUUGUUGGAAGUCAGACAUUCCGUGUUUAUCGUUGGGUCCGCAGGCUGCGGAAAGACUCAAGUGUGGAGAACGCUUUUCCGUACUUACCAGAACAUCAAGAGGAAGCCUAUUUAUAAUGAUCUCAAUCCAAAAGCUGUUACCAAUGAUGAACUGUUCGGUAUUAUCAAUGCGGCAACAAGAGAAUGGAAAGAUGGAUUGUUUUCCGUUAUUAUGAGGGAACAAGCUAACUUGGGUGGAGAGAAUCCGAAGUGGAUCGUACUCGAUGGUGACAUAGAUCCUAUGUGGAUCGAAUCGUUGAACACCGUGAUGGAUGACAAUAAAGUUUUGACACUUGCUAGUAACGAAAGAAUAGCUCUGACUCCGGCGAUGAGACUACUGUUUGAAAUAUCAAAUCUUCGAACAGCAACACCUGCGACAGUGUCUCGAGCAGGGAUUCUCUACAUAAAUGCCCAGGAUCUCGGCUGGAAUCCGUACGUCACAAGCUGGAUCGAAACUCGUACGCUACCAGCUGAGAAAUCGAACCUCGUGAUACUAUUUGACAAAUACAUUCCGUCGUGUUUGGAGACGUUGAGAACGAGAUUCAAAAAAAUUACGCCCAUCGUUGACAUGGCACACGUUGAAAUGCUCUGUCAUCUUUUGCAUUGUCUGUUGACACCCGAAUUAACGGCAACGGAAUUCAGCAAAGAUCAUUAUGAGCUGUACUUUGUGUUUGCCGCAGUUUGGGCUUUUGGUUCAUCCAUGUUUCAAGAUCAAGCUGUAGACUAUCGAGUCGAGUUUACCAAAUGGUGGGUCAACGAAUUCAAACAAAUCAAAUUUCCGGCUCAGGGCACUGUCUUCGAUUACUACAUUGACUCCGAGACCAAAGAGUUUUGUUCCUGGUCCGAGCGGCUGCCGAAAUUCGAAUUGGAUCCGGACAUGCCGCUGCAGGCAGUUCUCGUUUACACAGCCGAAUCGAUCAGAAUAAGAUAUUUUCUAGAUCUCCUCAUGGCGGAGAAACAUCCCGUGAUGUUAGUCGGUGCAGCUGGUUCUGGGAAAACCGUACUCGUUGCGGAGAAAUUACUGCAGCUCUCCGAAAAUUACGCCGUGGCGAAUGUUCCAUUCAAUUUUUAUACUUCGUCGGAAAUGCUUCAGAAGAUUUUAGAAAAACCACUGGAAAAAAAAGCCGGCAGAAAUUAUGGUCCCCCGGGUAACAAAACGUUGAUUUAUUUCGUUGACGAUCUUAACAUGCCCGAAGUCGAUGCGUACGGUACGGUACAACCACACACGUUGAUACGUCAACAUUUGGAUUAUGGGCAUUGGUACGAUCGUACUAAACUCUCGCUCAAGGACAUUCACAAUUGUCAAUACAUCAGCUGCAUGAAUCCUACCGCCGGUUCUUUCACCAUAAAUCCUCGGCUCCAAAGACACUUUGCCGUCUUUGCCAUCAGCUUUCCAAAUUCUGAUUCACUCACCACGAUCUACGCAUCAAUCUUGGCUCAGCAUUUAGCCAACAUCGAGCACAGGUUUCCUCAGAGUGUCACUGACAUGUGUCACAACAUCGUCCAAGCGUCUCUUCAGUUGCACCAUCGAUCAGCACAAGUUUUUCUACCAACUGCUACCAAGUUUCACUACAUCUUCAACCUUCGAGACCUCUCCAAUUGUUUUCAGGGUUUGUUGUUCAGUGGCAACGAGUGUUUGCAAGCACCAACUGACAUCAUAAGGUUGUGGAUGCACGAGACACAGAGAGUUUACGGUGACAAAUUGACAGACGAGAAGGACAUUGACAAUUUCAUGAAGCUGCAGCUGGACAUACUGAAAAAAAAUGUGGAGGAAAUUGACGAGGGUGCUGUCUUAGAGAAGCCCAAUAUCUACUGCCAUUUCGCAGGUGGUGUCGGCGAGCCCAAAUACAUGCCGGUCAAAGAUUGGGAGACCCUUCAUCGGCUACUCUCAGAAGCUUUGGUCAGCUAUAACGACUUGGUGGCAGCAAUGAAUUUAGUACUCUUCGAGGACGCGAUGAUGCACGUGUGUCGGAUAAACAGGAUUUUGGAGUCUCCCAGGGGAAGUGCCUUGCUCGUAGGGGUCGGUGGCUCCGGGAAACAGAGUCUUUCUCGUUUGGCAGCUUUCAUCAGUUCUCUCGAAGUGUCCCAGAUCCAAUUGAGGAAGGGAUACGGAGUUAGUGAUCUAAAACUCGAACUAGCCGGUCUGUAUUCCAAGUCCGGGCUCAAAAAUUUAGGCAUAAUGUUUUUGAUGACCGAUGCUCAAGUACCGAACGAACAAUUCCUCGUUCUCAUAAAUGAUAUGUUGGCUUCGGGCGAAGUACCCGACCUUUUUCCUGAAGAUGAAGUGGAAAAUAUCAUAGCAGGGGUACGUAACGAAGUGAAGGGCGCCGGAAUAUUGGAUACUCGAGAGAAUUGCUGGAAAUUCUUUAUCGAUCGAGUUAGACGGCAACUCAGAAUUGUUCUUUGUUUCUCACCGGUCGGUUCUACUCUUCGCGUACGAUCUCGCAAGUUUCCAGCUAUAAUAAAUUGCACAGCGACCAAUUGGUUUCACGAGUGGCCUCAGGAAGCUCUUAUGUCCGUAUCGAAACAGUUUCUUCAGGAAUUAGAAGAAUUACCCGAGAGUUUUAGGGAAUCGGCGGCAAAGUUCAUGGCUCACGCUCACACGAGUGUAAACGCGGCUAGCCGUCUUUACUUGGCUAGCGAGAGACGUUACAAUUACACCACACCAAAGUCCUUUCUGGAACAAAUUAGUCUGUACGCGAAAUUGCUCAAAGCGAAAGCUGCCGAGUUGCGCGGCAGGGUUGAACGUCUCGAGAACGGUUUGGCUAAGCUGAGAUCUACCGCAGUCCAGGUGGAUGAACUCAAGGAGACUCUUGCUGUACAGGAAAUUGAGCUUCAGCAGAAAAAUGAAGCCGCUGAUGCUUUGAUUGCCAUUGUUGGGGUAGAAACGGAAAAAGUACAGAAGGAAAAAGCUUUGGCCGACGAGGAAGAGUCCAAGGUCGCGAUAAUUGCGGAAGAAGUAACGAAGAAGCAACGCGACUGCGAAGCAGAUUUGCUAAAGGCAGAGCCAGCACUGCUCGCAGCUCAGGAAGCUCUGAAUACCCUCAAUAAAGCGAAUCUCACGGAAUUAAAGUCAUUCGGUUCUCCACCGGGUGCCGUGACCAACGUCACUGCUGCGGUAAUGGUACUCUUAGCACCAAGUGGCAAAGUGCCAAAGGACAGAAGUUGGAAAGCCGCCAAGAUCGUUAUGGCCAAAGUAGACACCUUUCUCGAUGGUCUGAUCAAUUACGACAAGGAAAAUAUUCAUCCAGAAGUCACCAAAGCUAUACAGCCUUACCUCAAAGAUUCGGAAUUUGAGCCUGAAUUUGUGAGAUCGAAAUCCGCCGCAGCAGCUGGACUGUGCGCGUGGGUUAUAAAUAUCAUCAAAUUUUAUGAAGUUUUUUGCGACGUUGAGCCUAAGAGAAAAGCCCUGGCUCAAGCAAAUGCUGAAUUAGCAGCAGCGCAGGACAAGCUCGAAGUUAUCAAGAGGAAAGUUGCUUCUCUGGAAGAACAAUUAGCAAAACUGACCGCCGAUUUCGAGCAAGCGACGGCUGAAAAGCUGAAAUGUCAGAAGGAAGCGGAUGCGACUAAUGCGACAAUUGCCCUGGCCAAUCGAUUGGUUGGUGGCUUAGCUUCGGAAAAUGUGCGCUGGGCAGACUCGGUUGCAAACUUCAUGCAACAAGCUUCGACUCUACCCGGUGACGUUUUGCUUGUGACGGCUUUCAUCUCUUACGUCGGUUGUUUCACGAAAUCAUUCCGUCAGGAUUUGUUGAACAAACAAUGGUUGACAUUUUUACGGGGCAUUGAACCAGCUCUACCGAUAACCGAAGGUCUUGAUCCGCUAUCACUGUUGACGAAUGACACGCAAAUUGCAAAAUGGAACAACGAAGGAUUGCCAAAUGACAGAAUGUCGACAGAGAACGCAACGAUUUUAACGAAUUCGGAUCGUUGGCCACUGAUGAUAGACCCGCAGCUUCAAGGAGUGAAAUGGAUCAAGCUGAAGUACAGUGACGAGCUGAUGGUAAUCCGUUUGGGUCAACGAGGUUAUUUGGACGUGAUAGAACAAUCCUUGGCUAAAGGAUCCAUCGUGCUUGUAGAAAAUAUAGGCGAAGCCGUCGAUCCAGUCUUAGAUCCAUUACUGGGGCGUAAUCUUAUCAAGAAGGGUCGUGCUAUAAAAAUCGGUGAUAAGGAGGUCGAGUACAAUCCCACAUUUCGGCUUCUGCUCCAUACGAAAUUAGCAAAUCCCCAUUACAAACCAGAAAUGCAGGCUCAAACGACAUUGAUCAAUUUCACGGUGACGAGAGACGGUUUAGAGGAUCAAUUGCUCGCUGAAGUCGUCAAAGCUGAGAGACCCGAUCUCGAGGAAUUGAAAGCUGAACUAACGAGGCAGCAGAACGAUUUUAAAAUCACUUUGAAUGGCUUGGAAGACUCUCUGUUGUCUAGGCUUUCGUCAGCGGACAGUAAUGUUUUGGGUGACACUGCAUUGGUUGAAAAUUUGGAAACAACGAAACGCACUGCCGCUGAAAUCGAGUGCAAAGUUACCGAGGCUCGUGGAACUAGUCGAGAGAUCGACGCAGCUCGUGAAUUAUACAGGCCAGCAGCAGCCAGAGCUUCUCUUCUUUAUUUCAUACUUAAUGAGCUUAACACUAUUAAUCCGAUCUAUCAGUUUUCCCUCAAAGCUUUUAGUGUUGUAUUCCAAAAAGCUAUUCUAAAAGCUGAUCCAGCUCCGGAUGUUACUAGUAGAGUGAAAAAUCUCAUCGAGUGCAUAACUUAUUCAGUUUUUAUGUACACGACUAGAGGACUUUUCGAGUGCGACAAGCUUAUUUUUACGUGUCAAAUGACUUUUCAAAUAUUGCUCGUGAGGAAGGAAAUAUCUGUUGGCGAACUGGACUUUCUUCUUCGAUUUCCGAUUGUUCCUCAUGUCACGUCACCCGUCGAUUUUCUCACGAAUACCAGUUGGGGUGGCAUACGGAGUCUUGCAUUGAGAGAAGAGUUUCGAAACUUGGAUCGAGACAUCGAGUCUUCGUCAAAACGUUGGAAAAAAUUGGUCGAAUGCGAGUGUCCAGAACGCGAGAAAUUUCCGCAGGAAUGGAAAAAUAAAACUGCGCUUCAACGUUUGUGCAUGUUGCGAGCUCUGAGGCCGGAUCGAAUGACGUACGCGAUAUCAGCUUUUAUCGAAGAAAAACUCGGUCUCCGAUACGUCGAGGGUCGAACCGUUGAGUUCUCGAAAUCAUACGAGGAAACGAGUCCAUCGACGCCAAUAUUUUUCAUUCUUUCACCCGGUGUAAAUCCUCUUAAAGACGUCGAGGAUCUUGGACGUCGUUUAGGCUUUACUUCAGACGCGCAAAAUUUUCACAACGUAUCCUUGGGUCAAGGCCAAGAAAGCGUGGCUGAAACAGCCAUGGAUUUAGCCGCGAAGGGAGGUCACUGGGUUAUUUUACAAAAUAUCCAUUUAGUGAAAAAAUGGUUGCCAUUUCUCGAGAAAAAGUUGGAGAUUGCCGCUGAAGGCUCUCAUCUCGAUUACAGAGUUUUCAUGAGCGCUGAACCCGCGAGCACACCUGCAGGACACAUUAUUCCUCAGGGGGUUCUGGAAUCCUCCAUCAAAAUAACCAACGAACCACCGACUGGUAUGCAGGCAAACCUUCACAAGGCUCUAGACAAUUUUACUCAAGAGACCCUCGAGAUGUGUAGCAAAGAAGCGGAGUUCAAGUCGAUACUCUUUUCUCUCUGUUACUUUCACGCUGUUGUUGCGGAAAGACGAAAGUUCGGUCCUCAAGGCUGGAACAAAAUAUAUCCUUUUAACGUUGGCGAUCUCAAUAUAAGCGUGAGCGUUCUUUAUAAUUAUCUAGAAGCUAGUCCCAAAGUUCCUUGGGAAGACCUCAGAUAUCUGUUCGGUGAAAUAAUGUACGGUGGGCACAUUACCGAUGAUUGGGAUCGUAGAUUGUGCGUUUCUUAUCUCGAGGAACUGAUGCAGCCUGAAUUGGUGGACGGAGAAUUGCAGCUCGCUCCAGGUUUUGCAGCCCCACCUAACACCGACCUUGUCGGUUAUCACGGUUACAUCGACGAGGCGAUUCCUCCAGAGUCCCCGUAUCUUUAUGGCUUGCACCCUAACGCAGAAAUUGGUUUUCUUACAACGACGUCGGAGAAUCUGUUUCGCACGGUUUUCGAGAUGCAGCCACGCGAUGCUGGUAACUCGGGUGGACAAACUGUGACCAGAGAAGACAAAGUCAAACAGGUGUUGGACGAAAUCAUAGAGAAGCUACCCGAGGAGUUUAACAUGGUUGAAAUUAUGGCUAAAGUCGAAGAACGCACACCUUACGUGAUCGUGGCAUUUCAAGAGUGCGAAAGAAUGAAUAUUCUGACUGGUGAAAUAAAAAGAUCCCUUCGAGAAUUGGAUCUUGGACUCAAGGGAGAAUUAACGAUAACUUCUGAUAUGGAGGAUCUCGAGAAUGCUCUUUUUCUCGAUCAGGUGCCACCGGUAUGGACGCAACGUGCUUACCCCUCGUUGCUCGGAUUAACAGCUUGGUUCGUCGACCUCCUCUUGAGAUUGCGAGAGCUCGAGACAUGGUCAACUGACUUUGCUUUGCCAGCGUCGGUUUGGCUCGCAGGAUUCUUCAACCCUCAAAGUCUUUUGACAGCCAUAAUGCAGUCGACAGCCAGGAGACAAGAAUUGCCAUUGGACAAAAUGUGUUUGCAGUGUGACGUUACGAAAAAGAAUAAAGAAGAAUUCACAACGGCACCAAGAGAGGGUGCCUACGUCCACGGGAUCUUCAUGGAAGGUGCCAGAUGGGACGUCCAAGCUGGUAUAAUCGUCGAUUCAAGAGCAAAAGAAUUGUUUCCGUCGAUGCCAGUCAUAAAUAUCCGUGCGAUAACGCAAGACAAGCAAGAUCUUCGGAACAUGCACGAGUGCCCUUUGUACAAAACUCGUACUCGAGGCCCAACCUUCGUAUGGACGUUCAAUCUGAAGACAAAGGACAAACCAGCCAAGUGGACAUUGGCCGGGGUGGCUCUUCUUCUCCAGACAUAAUUCCAGUAGAGAUUUCAUCCCCUAACAAGUUCCUUUUUUCACUACGUUAUUGUUAGCACUGUCGUUACGAAAUUGCCUCGUUAGAGAGGCACUCCAGAGACUUGAGAGAAUAAAAAUGAUGUUUUGAUUGUUAUUAUUAA